GUUAAUGCUGUCCAUUGGACAAAAAACCGUUAUACGAUUUUUUACGGUUGAAUCUAAAAUCUAACGCAUUUGUAUGAUCGUGUAAUCUAACUUUAAAAAAAUGUCUAUGCCCAGACUGAUAAACACUGACACUUGACAUUGACAGCUGAUCACACAACCUGCAAAGUUCAGGAUUUUCUAAUUUGUUAAUCGUUAUGAAAAUUAUAACAGAAAAUGUCGUUUAAAAACCUGCUCAUACUGAGAAACCUCUCCAAAGUUUCAAAUAGUUCUAGACACUACACUGCGAUUGCUUCCGUUUUAGAGAAAGCGAAUGUUGGAGAACUUGCCGAAGUCAAGGGGUGGGUGAAGAACCUCCGAGUGCAAAAGGAGUUAAUAUUUGCUGAUGUAACGGAUGGCUCCAGCGCUAAAAGACUACAAAUCGUAAUACCGAAAAAGUUGAAAACAGAAGCGCUGACGUACGGCAGCUCGGUACACAUCACUGGCAAGCUGUCCUGCAGCCCGCGGGGACAGCUUGAGCUCGCAGCCGACAGUGUUAAGGUCCUCGGGGAGUGCGUAGUGGCCGAUGGCUACCCCUUCAACCCGCGCACCACCCAUCCCCCUGAGUACAUCCGCCAAUUCAUGCACCUACGAGCGCGCACCAACUACACAUCCUCGAUCUUACGAGUCCGCAACGCUGUCACCAGGCACAUACAUGACUUCUACACAUCUAAAGACUACAUGCAUGUUCAUACUCCCAUGUUAACUUCAAAUGAUUGUGAAGGGGCAGGCGAAGUGUUCAAGGUUCAGCCAGAUAAUGAGGAAACGGUUAAAGCAAUGAUGCAGGAGGGGAGAGAUAAAGACACUGUUUACUUUGGUACUAAGACAUUUCUGACAGUAUCAGGCCAGUUGCAUUUAGAAGCGGUAUGCAGAGGCAUGGGGAAUGUUUACACGCUAGGACCAACAUUUCGAGCAGAGAACUCCAGAUCCCGGCUGCAUUUGUCAGAAUUCUACAUGUUGGAGGGAGAAAUAGCAUUCUGUGAUAACAUUAAAGAUCUUCAGUCACAUAUAGAAGAGUUACUCAAGUAUGUAUUUAGAAAGACUAGAGACACUAAUGAAGCAGACUUGUAUUCUCUUGACAAAGAGAAUAAAGCACUUUGGUUAGACAAAGAGUUUAUAACAGUGAGUUAUGAUGAGGCAAGAAUAUUAUUAGAGAAGAAAGGAAUGAGUGUUACGGAGGAAGGUAUAAAUAAGGAGCAAGAGCUGGCAUUGGUAGACUGCUGCAAUGGUGUACCGGUGUUUGUGGUGAGAUGGCCUAAGGAUUUGAAAUCGUUCUACAUGAAGGAAUGUGAAGAUGACCCAAGCAAGGUUGAUGCAUUGGAUCUCCUUACAUCAAUAACAGGGGAGCUAGUAGGUGGCAGCCUCAGAGAGGACAACUACGACAAACUAAAAUCCAAACUUCCCUCCGACAGCCUAGAGUGGUACUUGGAACUGCGAAAGUUUGGCAACAUCCCCACUGGGGGCUUCGGUCUGGGACUGGAGAGACUCCUGCAGAGUGUGUGUGGUGUGCCUAAUAUUAAGGAUACUCUACCCUUCCCUAGGUGGCCUCAUAAUUGUACCUUGUAAACUUUGUUAGAUGUGUAGGCAAAUAUUUAAUUUUGUUGUUAAUAAAUGUAAUCAAUUUACUAUUUUGUUACUUAUUU